GAAUCUGGUAGUUGUAAUUUUACUAUGAAAUUACGACGAAAAUUAAUUUGAUGGCCAAAAAAAAACGUGAGCCACCUACCAAGUUGGUGGAUUCAAAAUUUCCUCGUUAAGUACACGUAAAAUAUUUCGUCGUAAAGAACUCGCGAAAUUUACGUGGCUUUUACGAGGAAAUAGUUUUUCCUCGUAAAAGCCACGUCAAUUUACAUCGUCUUUACGACGAAUAUGUUUUGUCGUUAUCUUACGACGAAUAACGAUGCUUUUCUUUUUCCACGUACUUUCCUCGCAAAAUCAACGUUUUUUUACGAUGAUUCUUUUUCCUCGUUAAAUUUUCUCGUUAAGGUUACGUUUUCUUGUAGUGGUUUUUAAAAACGUUUCUCAUUUAAUAUAUAGGGAAUAUGUUUCCAAGUUUUUAUAAGAUGAGUAAAAUAAAAUAGUUAUAAUUUAGAUGCCUAACACGUGUACUGUUUGAAAAUCAAGAAGCAUCUUAAGAACACCCUAGAUUUUGUGUUAAAUCACAAUUCACAAGAGUUUAGGCAACGUAUCAACUGUAUGAACCACAUAUUAAUCUGCUAAGAGUGGUCCCAAAUCCUAAUUCUUGUCCCAAUGUUCCAACGUAUUCUUAAUGUUCUUUUAAAAACAAUUGUUUGGGCGUGUCAGUGUAAUGUCGCUACAAACAUUCGGAUUAAUGUUUCAUUUUAUCUUUAUUUUUGCUAAAGAUACUGCUAAAGAUUAUUAAUUGGAGGAUGGUAUUUAGAAAUUAGAAAAAAAGAGAAGAAGAAGGUGGAAGAGCAAGUUGACGUAAAAGACAAGUUUCAUGGACACCGAGAAAUUGUUUGCUAAUCCAAUGAUGUUAAUUCAUUCGGUAACAUGCAAUUCUAUUGGACUGUGAUGAUCAUUUUAUAUUUUAUUUUAUUUACAUAUCCUUUUAAACUAGUAGAAAGCCUUCUUUUUAUUCAUAUAGGUUGGAUAAGUUUCAUAUGUAUACAUCGCAAACAAAUACAUUAUCAAACAUAUAUAGAUUUGAAUUGAUUCCAAACUAAACUCUAUAAAUAGUAUAUCGUAUGAGAAUCAUUAGAUCUAGUUAUCUAAAUAUGUCUUCCAAAUUACAAAAAAAAAAAGAAAAAAAAAACAAUUUCGGCCAUCAACGAAAUGGGAGUGUUAAAUCUUGUUUUGUGAGUGUUACAAAAAAAAUAUUUUUUUGUGUUUCUUGGCAUGAAGAGUCUUAAAAUCUAUUGUCUUAGAAAGGGACAUCAAACUUUAAUCAUGAGAUAACUCCGUUUAAACACAUGACCAAGUUUUCAAUCAACAGAUCAUUGUGAACUCACAACUUACUACUUAAAUUGUAAACGUACAAGUGCCAUAAGCCCCGUUGAAACCUAAAGAAAAAGGUGCUUCUUAACCUUUGACUAUCAUAGUAUAGUGUACUUUAUAAUAUCUUAGAUUUAACUUAUCUCAAAACCAUACUAUUUAUUUACAAAUUUUAAUUUCCAGAUUAUAACUAAUAGUAGAAGAGGCCAUCCAAACUCCUUAAAACGAAGAACCCUGAAUCUCUUGGAGUAUUUGAUAGCUGAUUCUUGUGUACUAGAUAAAUUACACAUGUAGUAUAAGUCUGUAUAACACAAUUUUUAUUAAUUUAUUAUGGAAAUACCCAAAUUUCUAUCACUCGUCUAAAAUUAUGAGUAUUGGCUUGAAAGUCAACGACCUCUUUGGGUAAAAGAGGACGGACAGAAGAUUACCAAAGCAGCAUCUGUUGUCAGGCACGUGUACAUUCUCUUUUCCUUUUUAAAACAUCAGUAUUAAUUUACCAUUUAUGUGUAUGGUCACGUGGAGUUGUUUUAUUGGAUGACAGAAGGUACUUGGGAAUGGUGAGCUGGGACGCGAAAAAGAGCGAGCGCUCUUUGUAUAAUUUUCACUUUCCAUUUAUCUACUUUUUAGCUUUUAUAAACUGGAUAUCUCAGCAAAAAAUUACUCAGUAAUCAAAUCUUAUAUAAUCUAAUUUCAAUGGUGACUAGUAUAUUUAUGAUUUAAAACUUUUCAAUGUAAGUACAAUGCUUUUUAAAAAAAUAUAUAGGACACUUGCCCAAAAAGUUGAAAGACAUUUGCCCUUAUACAGAAGGGUUAAAGAGUUAAGGGGACAUCGCACGAGCUUUUUUCGUGGAUUUUCGUUAAUUUAUUUUUCGCUCUUUCUUUCUGACUUUGUUCUUUUAGAUUUGUAUGCACUCUACUUUAGCACUUUGCGAUUUUUAACAGUUUUUCCGUAAUAUCCAAGACUAUUGUGGAUACAUAAUUGAUGAUCAAUAAUACAAUUUAUAGCAGACAUGCCUAAACUUGGAUUUAAACGGCUUGUCUUUUAUUCUAUAUUGUUUGACGUUUGAUUUGUAUGUUACGAGUUACGACACUGAGCUGACACCAAUUCAUCAAUCGUCCAAGUUAAAUGCAUUGUUGAAAACCAGCACUGCUUCGAAAAAGAUACUAACAUGCAUUAUCAAAUAUACUUAACUGGCGGAUGUACAUCGAUUAAGAAGGUGGCACUUGCACCAAUGAAAAUUUCAAAUUGUUUGUAACAUACCUAAAUUUUACCAUUUCUCUCCUACUGAAGAAUACAUUUUAACCUUAUUUUUAUAUUAUAUGUGGUUUGCCACCUCAAAAAUUUUAUGCUACAUCCGCCACGCCAUUGCUUAACUCCAGUCUUCAUAUAACUGAGCAUAAAUAUUUUUUAAAAUAAUCAUGAAAGGUUUGGUGUAGUGGUAUCGCCUCGACGAUCAAGAAUUAAAUUCGUUACAAUAUUUCACUUGCACAUUUCUUAUGGCCACGUAUGGGGUUCUUAAUUAGCCCAAAAAUGCCUAUGUUAGAAAAAUAAAUUUCGGAACUAACACUUAGUUAUAUAUAUAUAUAUAAUAUAGAACAUACUAUAUGACAUAAACUAAAUUUACUCCUUCAAAUUUCCUAGUCUCAACCGAUAAUUUGUUUUAGAAAUACCACCCUCGACAACUAUGAUUAUAUAUCUUUGAUAUCUAAUGUUUUGCAUGUGCCCAUACUAACAGUGGAAAUGGGAAUGUACCCUUAUAAAGCAACUUCUAUAUCGAAUCACAACACCAACAUACAUUUAUGUAAACUAGACACACAAGUUUAUAAGUAAAUAACAAAUCCAGGAGAACCCUUUCCGUGUGUCACCAUAGUAACCAUUCAAUGUUAUGCAUUUCUAGGGAUUCAAUUUAUUUUCUCGUUCUUAGAACUUCAACAGGCUGAAACAGAUCAAAAUGUAGUCUAAUUUCUACAUAUCUUCAACGUUGCUCCGCGGUGUAUAAGCCGAGAUCAAAGGCGUGACGUUCUCUCCAAUACAUGGUGGCUAUAUAUAAUAAUUAAUUAAGUUUUUAGGGUUAAUUUUCUUUUUAAAGUUAAAUGUAGUUUAAUCUGUGGGCCGUAGUAAAAUGUAGAAGAAUGUUGGUGGACUCGUGGGGAUAUGUGCUUUAAUAUGUAGUUUCUGAGUUGUAUAAAAAAGCAACAUGGAGAUAACAUCUAAACACAAUAUUACAAAUUUACAAAAAGCAGUUUAAAAUAUAUAUUUUUACUUAAAAAUCUCUCUGUUAAGUAGUCAAAGUUUGGAACUUGAACACCAUCAAAUUCAUCAAUCUUACUCCAAGUUGUCUAAAUCCCUCUCCCAUUCUAUCUCUAUAAUAACCAAUCUUUAUUCACCAAACAACUUAAGUUCAUACAUAUAUAUAUUAAUUCUCUCUGUCACAGAACGUAAGAAAAAACAACAACAUGAAGUUAUUCGGGUGGAUGCAAAACAAGCGAAAUGCGAAAUAUGAGAAUCAUAACAGAACAAGCACUUCCUCUGCUUCAUCUCAUCAUUUGAAGCAAGAGCCAAGGGAGGAGUUUAGCGACUGGCCCCACGCGCUGCUUGCUAUUGGAACUUUUGGUUCAACAAGCAACGGUGUGAGUGACACCAAAAGCAAGAAUGUUCAUGAAGAGAUCGAAGAAGAGAAGGAGGCUAUCUCUCAACCCGAGCAAGAAGAAGAGCCUUCUUCCUCUGAUGAUAUUGAUGAUUUUACUCCCGAGGAGGUGGGGAAGUUGCAGAAGGAGUUGAUAAAGCUCUUGUCAAGAACUAAGAAAAGGAAGUCUGAUGUGAAUAGAGAGCUCAUGAAAAAUCUUCCAUUGGAUAGAUUCUUGAAUUGUCCAUCGAGUUUAGAGGUCGAGAGGCGAAUCAGCAAUGCGCUAUGCGCUGUUGUGGAUUCAUCUGAAGGGAAUAAGGAUGAAGAUAUGGAACGAACGAUUAACGCUAUAUUAGGCAGAUGCAAAGAGAUAUCUAUAGAAAGUAAGAAGAAGACAGACAUAAGCAAGAAGUCUUUCUCAUAUCUUUUCAAGAAGAUCUUUGUUUGCUCAGAUGGAAUUUCUACGUCACCAAGCCCUAGCUUGAGAGACACGCUUCAAGAAUCGAGAAUGGAGAAGUUGUUGAAGAUGAUGCUACAUAAGAAAAUUAAUUCUCAAGCCUCCUCAAAGCCAGCAUCAUCUACAACAAAGAGAUACUUGGAAGACAAGAAACAGCUCUCUUUGAAGAGUGAAGAAGAAGAAACCAACGAGAGAAGAAGCAGUAGUGAGGGACAUAAAUGGGUCAAAACAGAUUCUGACUGUGAGUUUUCAUCAAAUAUUCAUUAACUUUACUAAAAUUCAAAAAGAAACAAGAGCUGACUCGAUCUUCUUUUGCUUACAGUCAUAGUUCUUGAGAUCUGAUGGUCCUUCAAACUCCUGGAAUAACCUAUCAACAACAAAGGUAACUAAGACAACACAAGUGAAUCUCUUAAGCUUUUUGUGUUUCUCUUUCCUAAAACUUACGUGAGAUACUGGUUUUAUCAACUAUGCAGAUUCAAACUCUCGUCGAGAAAAUUCAAAAAGAAAUAAUGAAAACGGUUUUCUUAUUUCGGAGGAAAAUUUUGGAGCAUCAGCACAUGUAUACCUUCUUUUUUUUUUUGCAUGAUUUGUUCUGUGGCCAAUUGGGUCCACUGAACCAAACAUGUUCUUGAGACAUACAUACAUGUGUAUCGGAAUGCAUGGACACAUAGAUGUGCCUAUGUGAUCAUUUGUGUAAUUUUAAGGUGGAUAACCUUAGCUUAUAAAGAUUAGUACUGCUUCUUCAUUAUUACAUUCUUUCUGCAUUUGAUUUAGUUAUUUUGUAAAAGAAGUAAGAUCUUGAAAUGAAUAAUAAUACUUGUUCUAGUU